AUGCGUCAACUGCAGUACCGCAUCAGUAGCUCUACCUUUACAUCCUUCAAUAUUCUUCAGCCUCAGCAGCCAUCGAAUACUUUAUUCUCUUCGUCACCAGAAUCUAGGGUUGUCAGUCUUCUAAUGAACCCAAAAUACUACCAUUUUACAGAUUGUUACACGGCUGGCACAAGUGUACCUCACGCUGACACAGUUCCAGCCAAUAAUUACACAAUAGAAAGUAUAACGAGCAAGGAAAAUUCUAUGGUACUUGAUCUUUUCCAUAUUUUCUUGCGUGCACACCCCAUUUUUCCUAUUAAGAUAAUCGAAUUAAAAUCGAAUAUUGUGAAAUCCGAUUUAUCGGAUGUUUCUGCCUUGAAUGUAAAAUGUUAA